AUGGAGGUGGAUACUGGCUCUAUAGCCAAAUGUGCACCGGAACUGUAUGACAUCGCUUCCACAUUAGUUAAUGUCGAGGAAGUCACAGAUAACAAAGCAUUCAAUGAUUUUAAACUAUCAAAGCCAAUUAUCGAUAUGGUCAGUCCAGUUACCGAAGCAGUAGUUUCUGAUCCAGACCCUAAGUCUCCCCAAAACCGUGAUAAUACGACUGCAGAACCUUCAGUUGCCCCUGUUGUUGUAAAUAACAAUGUUGGAAAGUAUCGUCUCUUACGUACUAUAGGAAAAGGAAAUUUCGCAAAAGUCAAACUUGCUAUUCAUAUGGCCACUGGUGUGGAAGUUGCCAUAAAAAUAAUUAAUAAGACUGUCAUGGAUAAUACUCUCCUCAAACGCCUUAAACGUGAGAUAACUAUCAUGAAAGUUACAAAUCACCCAAACAUUGUCAAACUACUUGAGAUAAUUGAAAAUGAAGAUGUUCUCUGUCUUGUUAUGGAAUAUGCUAGUGGAGGUGAAAUAUUUGAUUAUCUUGUCGCGAAUGGAAAGAUGUGUGAAAAGAAAGCACGUGUAAAGUUCAGACAGUUACUUUCUGCCAUGCAGUAUUGUCAUGCAAAACGAAUUGUCCAUCGAGACCUGAAAGCAGAGAACAUCCUGCUCGACCAGAACUUAAACGUUAAGGUUGCUGAUUUCGGCUUGGCCAACACCUUCGAAUCUGAUCAAAGGUUGACUACUUUUUGUGGUAGUCCUCCAUACGCUGCUCCAGAACUGUUUUUGGGGAUUCCGUAUUAUGGGCCUAGUGUAGAUAUUUGGUCUCUUGGUGUGAUUCUGUUUACUUUGGUUUUGGGACAUCUGCCGUUUGAUGCACGUGAUCUUCGUGAACUUCGGAGCAAAAUCUUGGGAUUGCACUACACUAUACCUCGUGGUGCUGUUUCUCCAGAAUGCGACACACUGUUAAGAAAAAUGUUAGUUCUUGACCCUAAAGAUCGUUCGUCUUUAAAGUCUUUGAUGCUUGACAAGUGGGUAAAUAUGGGCUACGCUCCAGAUGAUCAUCUUCGUCCCUAUAGAGAACUACCGAAAUCCCAACUGGAUGAUAGUCGUGUGAAAGCCAUGGAAGAAAUGGGGUUUACAAGAGCUGAUCUGGAGUCAUCGGUAGUUAAUCCUGCAUUCGACCAUGUGUAUGCAACUUACCACUUAUUGCCCGAAACCCCAUCUCAGUUUGUUGAGCUUUGUAAAGACUUGGCUCCUGGAGCGGUUGUUUCACCAAACACCAUCGUAUUACCUAACUCUCUGCUUACUCACAAUCAGGAGACUAAGUUGACUCAUAGUUGUUCUUCCGAGUCAUCAGAAUUACCUGUCUCUACAAAGCCGACUGCUAUUGGACGUUUCACAGUGGCUCCAAGUAACAAAGUCAAUGAACCUACUAGUCAUUCUUCCUCUGGACGUUGUGCUCGGGGUAGCUUGACAUCUGAAUCUAACCAAGCUUCAGCACACCAUAAAAAUGUACACAAUUUUGAAUAUGGGAAUCGAGAACAUCAUUCGCUUACAUCUGCACUGCCAAAUACUCUGAAACGAGCAAUAAUGCAAGUUAGUCGAAAUUUCACUGGAGGAGGAACUCCCACAACAAAUAAUGAAGAAAGUAGUAAUCGUGGUACAGCACAAAUAGUUACAGGACGUCAUAAUAAAUCCGUACCAAAAUCUUCUGGAGGCGGAAGGGAUGUUAUCACCGCAGCACCUGUUCCAAUUGGAGCUGUCAAAAAACAUGGUUUUGGUUUGUCUCAACAACAACAAACACAAAAACGUCAGCCUUUAAAUCCACAGAGUGCUUCUCAUCCUCAGAAUCCUCCUGUAAGAUCUAAAAGCCCAGCUAUUCGUAAUCAUUCUUCAUCAUCUAAUACCUCUUCUGCGUCAUCGGAAAGUCAUGGAACUCAAAAAAUGAAUAAAGAAUCCUCAGUUGCAAUGAAAGCUAGUUCAGAUAUGAACUAUCGUGGUUCUAUAAACAACACUUGUCGUGAUAACGAUAAAAGCUCCUUACAAGGAACACAGAAACGAAAUAUGGUAGAUGCAAACGGAGCUAAAGUUUCUGGUUUAAGUACUUCAUCUAAUUCUGGUGCUGAAAGCGAACUUCGAGAAAGAGCUACGACAAUUGUUCAAGGAGUUUGCAAAUCAGUUAAUGCUUCCUCUUUGCAUCAUCAACAUUAUACUCCUCAGUCGGUCUUGGAAGCAAAACAGGAAUUUAAAGAGAAUGACGAUCGUUCUUGUCUAGUACCGGGGAAUAAUAAUGAACUUAUUCACUUCGAACAAACUAAUCUUCGCAAUGAAAAGUCAGAACUCAGUCGCAGUUUAACAACUAUUGAUCAGACAAACCAAAUGACUAACAAUUCGGAUAAAACUGCAAAUGUUCCAUCCCUUAAUCCACAAAUUAAAGUAUUACAUACAGUCCAAGGCACAGAAGCUCUCGCUUUACGUCUUGAAGCUCUGCGUUUACAGUCUGUGAACUCAACGACUAAACCAUCUUCAAAUCUUGAGGCAGCUGCAAACAUAAUUGUGGAUUCCAGUCAUCAAGGUUCAUGGGGCCGCGGUGUUCUAAAGGCAUUAGGUGGAUUCUUUGUACAAAGUAGAUCUACAGACGGACGUUCGGAUAAUCAGUCGUCCACCCGACUACUUAAUAAACCACGUGAAGUUAAGUUCCCUUGGAGUGUAUAUACUACAAGCACAAAAUCAGCAGAAGAACUCCUUCAGUCCAUCAUACAUGCCCUUGAAGUCACUCCUGGUUGUCGUUAUUCACAUGACCCUCACCUUCCUUUUCUAUUGCAGUGUUCCUGGGCAGCUGAUCGACCUGCUAUCAAAAAGUCUGAUUCGGAAGCUGCUUGUAAAGAUCAAGCUAACACAUCAUUUUCUGGAUCCCUUGAGGUUCCAAGUCACGGUGGACUUUUACGUGGAGAUCCGGUACAUUGGGAAAUGGAACGAAAAAAUUUAGUACAUAAAAAAGUCAAAAAACGUUUAUCAUCAUCAUCAUCAUCAUCAUCAUCAUCAUCAUCAUCAUCAUCAUCAUCAUCAUCAUCAUCAUCAUCAUCAUCAUCAUCAUCAUCAUCAUCAUCAUCAUCAUCAUCAUCAUCAUCAUCAUCAUCAUCAUCAUCAUCAUCAUCAUCAUCAUCAUCAUCAUCAUCAUCAUCAUCAUCAUCAUCAUCAUCAUCAUCAUCAUCAUCAUCAUCAUCAUCAUCAUCAUCAUCAUCAUCAUCAUCAUCAUCAUCAUCAUCAUCAUCAUCAUCAUCAUCAUCAUCAUCAUCAUCAUCAUCAUCAUCAUCAUCAUCAUCAUCAUCAUCAUCAUCAUCAUCAUCAUCAUCAUCAUCAUCAUCAUCAUCAUCAUCAUCAUCAUCAUCAUCAUCAUCAUCAUCAUCAUCAUCAUCAUCAUCAUCAUCAUCAUCAUCAUCAUCAUCAUCAUCAUCAUCAUCAUCAUCAUCAUCAUCAUCAUCAUCAUCAUCAUCAUCAUCAUCAUCAUCAUCAUCAUCAUCAUCAUCAUCAUCAUCAUCAUCAUCAUCAUCAUCAUCAUCAUCAUCAUCAUCAUCAUCAUCAUCAUCAUCAUCAUCAUCAUCAUCAUCAUCAUCAUCAUCAUCAUCAUCAUCAUCAUCAUCAUCAUCAUCAUCAUCAUCAUCAUCAUCAUCAUCAUCAUCAUCAUCAUCAUCAUCAUCAUCAUCAUCAUCAUCAUCAUCAUCAUCAUCAUCAUCAUCAUCAUCAUCAUCAUCAUCAUCAUCAUCAUCAUCAUCAUCAUCAUCAUCAUCAUCAUCAUCAUCAUCAUCAUCAUCAUCAUCAUCAUCAUCAUCAUCAUCAUCAUCAUCAUCAUCAUCAUCAUCAUCAUCAUCAUCAUCAUCAUCAUCAUCAUCAUCAUCAUCAUCAUCAUCAUCAUCAUCAUCAUCAUCAUCAUCAUCAUCAUCAUCAUCAUCAUCAUCAUCAUCAUCAUCAUCAUCAUCAUCAUCAUCAUCAUCAUCAUCAUCAUCAUCAUCAUCAUCAUCAUCAUCAUCAUCAUCAUCAUCAUCAUCAUCAUCAUCAUCAUCAUCAUCAUCAUCAUCAUCAUCAUCAUCAUCAUCAUCAUCAUCAUCAUCAUCAUCAUCAUCAUCAUCAUCAUCAUCAUCAUCAUCAUCAUCAUCAUCAUCAUCAUCAUCAUCAUCAUCAUCAUCAUCAUCAUCAUCAUCAUCAUCAUCAUCAUCAUCAUCAUCAUCAUCAUCAUCAUCAUCAUCAUCAUCAUCAUCAUCAUCAUCAUCAUCAUCAUCAUCAUCAUCAUCAUCAUCAUCAUCAUCAUCAUCAUCAUCAUCAUCAUCAUCAUCAUCAUCAUCAUCAUCAUCAUCAUCAUCAUCAUCAUCAUCAUCAUCAUCAUCAUCAUCAUCAUCAUCAUCAUCAUCAUCAUCAUCAUCAUCAUCAUCAUCAUCAUCAUCAUCAUCAUCAUCAUCAUCAUCAUCAUCAUCAUCAUCAUCAUCAUCAUCAUCAUCAUCAUCAUCAUCAUCAUCAUCAUCAUCAUCAUCAUCAUCAUCAUCAUCAUCAUCAUCAUCAUUUGACAUUUGA